CCGCACACAGUGGAAUAUCUUGAUAUAUAUAAUAAGUGUUCGUAGCUUAUCGUGUUUACAAAAUAAAUUGAAUGGGAAAGAAAUGGCUUGGCGAGGACGAUACAUUUUGUUGAUCUUUGACUGUAUGUUGGUGGUAGGAAUUUACUUUUGCACGGAUAUUCCUAGUGCUCUGCAGACACAGAUAGAAACGCCACCUAGCGACAACUGCACAGAUGAGGGCGCUGCGAACAGUACGUGCUGUAGCGAUUGUCUCGGGCUUGGUGCUGACCAGUACAAUUUAUUGUACACCAUAUAUUCGUGGACGAGUUCCCUGAUGAUUCUACCCGUUGGUUUUGCUAUAGAUCGUAUGGGAAACAGAGUUUCUGCGGUGGUGUUUACUGGAAUUGCUACAAGCGGUUCUUUCUUAUUUGCGAUUGGAUCGUUACCAGGUAUUCGGAACACCUCAUUAAUGUUCCCACUGAUGAUGAUAGGACGGCUGCUUAUUGGUGCGGGUACCGGCUCCUCUAGAAUUGUUCGGGAUCGGGUGAUAGCCAGCUGGUUCCCGGACAGACUGGCUUUGGCGUUUGGUAUUGCUGUGUCUACAAUGGGCCUUGGGAGUGUCCUUACGUUUCUUCUUACAUCAAACAUAGCAAGCGUUAUGGGACUUGGACCGACGCUCUUUAUCGGAGCGGGUGUGUGCAGCACGUGUUUCAUAUCAGCUCUGUGCCUUUGCUAUAUUGACUGGUACGGCACAAAGUACCAUGGGGGCACUAAAGUAACAAUAAAGGAAACAUCAGCCGCAAGUUUAAGCAAGAUCCGGAAGUUUCCAAAGUCAUUUUGGUUAAUCAGCGUUAUGAUAGCAACAUACUAUAGCUUCCAGCUUCCAUUUAUUGCAAAUGGCAGCAAAUUUAUUCAAGAAAAGUUUCAGUACAGUAAAACAGACUCUUCGUAUAUCAAUGGAGUCAUCUAUGACGUGUCUGUUGUUAUCUCCCCUUUUGUCGGUCUCAUUCUUGAUAAAGUUGGAAGGCGUGGCUGGGUAGCAUUUAUUGGAGCUCUGUUGACUGUACCAAUGGGCCCCUUGUUGUUGUUUACAGAAAUUCCACCAUUUCCCAUCUACAUCUGGCUCGGAGUCAUGUUCACAAUAACUGUCGUUUCAUUAUGGUCAUCAAUUCCACAUGUUGUUCCGCAUGCUGCUGUUGGAACAGCCAAUGGGAUCGCUUCUUGCUUGUUAGAUUUGACAGUUGGAAGUGUCAGCCUUAUUAUUGGACAAAUAAUGUCGAAAAGUAAAAGUUCUACUGACCUGACAAUGUUCAGCACCUGGCAAAACGUGUUCUUGCUGAUAUUUGGCUUUUCUGCCAUCUGCGCCAUCUGUGGUCUUCUCCUAAAUACCGUCUGCAAAGGAAAGGGUAAUGUUAUAAAUGGAAAGUCUGGUCUGAAGCGAACACAUAGCAUUGGUGCCGUUCACUGCCCGACCCCUUCAGAAGGGCCAGCGGAAGUCGGAAAUGAAUUGUCGCAAGACGGCUAUACAAUAUUUCCGGAUAUUGUCAUUGAAAACAAAUCGUCUUCAAUCUGGAGAAAAUAUUCAAGCAAAAAGAAAUCGGCUUUAGAUACGAAAUAUGUUGAAAAAGAACCAGAGCAGAAAAUACCAAUAGACUUUGACAAUAACAAUAAAGUAGACCUCAAAAUAAUCAGUAAUGACUUAUUCACUGCAGACGACACCAAAGACAAUAUACAACAGGGGAAAAUGGAGUCUGAAGAAAACGUUGACAGCAUUUCAAAGAUUUUAGAAACUAUCAGUGUUAUAGCAGACAAUCAUGCAAACAUUCCAAGGGAAAAACAAGGAUAAACAAAGUAAUAUUUGUUACUGUCGAGGGCAUUAAUAGAUUUUCUAUCGCUAUAUAAUUCGCGUAGAAUGCCAUGCAUGAGUUUCAUUCACUGUCUUGGCCCUGUGUCAAGCUGGGAUGAUUUCAAUCUGACCAGACGAUUGUUUAGUUUUUGCACAAGAGGCAGUUCCUAUACAGGCGGAAUUUGUGUAGAGACUUCGUUUACUUUAUCCACGUAACAUGUAUAUUUAUGUAUCAAGGUUUGUGACAGUACAGGGCAUACUCAGAGGAACUGUUCUACCCUGGUACAGGUGCAUUACAACGGAAGUCUCACGUGUUUCUCCAUUCGUUUGGAAGAAAUAUAACACUAGAUUGACAGUAUCGUCUCAUAUUCAAACACAUACUGUAAUUGUUACGAAUGUUUGUUGUCAUACCCACACUUUUUCCCAUGUUUGCCAAAUUAUUUUGAAUUCAGAUUUAUACAAAUUUCAUAAACAUUCUUAAAUAAAAUGGUAAUACGAGAGAUAAACGCAUGACUUGAAUGCCUUAUUGUCAUAUAAAAGGUCUAAAAUUUCAGUUUCGCUGGUUGAUAGGCUAACUUCUGUCAAAAGUGGCACCGUAACCUGAUUCAGGGUAUGUUACACGCAUGCGCAAUCGGUUUUGGAAUUUACGUUUGCCUGUUCCUCGGGGCUUUGAUAAGCAUAUCAUUCGGAUGAAAACUUUUAUGAAAGUCAUUCAGUCAAAAUUGUUUAUCAACUUUACAAAUGAAUAUUAUGGUUCAGCAAGUUAAGCUUGCGUGUUUUGUUUGGCUGACAAUUUCACUUUCACAAAUGACCUAACGGUAGCAUCAUAUUUCAUGGGACGAAAGAAAGAUUCGUUCAAUCCCGUGUUCAAAGAAAUAAUCUACUCUAACGUUAGACCCUACACCAUGUCCAGUUUGAACCAAGUGCCACAAAUGAAGCAAAAACUUUUCUUUUGUAAAAGUAGACCGUUUUUAAUAGGGAAGUCAUCAUAAAGAAAUUCGUGGUUCUUUUUUGACUGUAUAUAACCUGGUACAUUUCAUUUA